AUGUCUGGGCGAGGUAAACAAGGUGGCAAGGCUCGUGCCAAAGCCAAGACACGCUCUUCACGGGCCGGGCUCCAGUUCCCCGUGGGCCGUGUUCACCGGCUGCUCCGCAAGGGUAACUAUGCCGAACGGGUUGGGGCCGGGGCCCCGGUGUAUCUCGCGGCGGUGCUGGAGUACCUGACAGCCGAGAUCCUGGAGCUGGCGGGCAACGCAGCCCGGGACAACAAGAAGACGCGCAUCAUCCCGCGCCACCUGCAGCUGGCCAUCCGCAACGACGAGGAGCUCAACAAGCUGCUGGGCAAAGUCACCAUCGCUCAGGGCGGCGUCCUGCCCAACAUCCAGGCGGUGCUGCUGCCCAAGAAGACCGAGAGCCACCACAAGGCCAAGGGCAAGUAGCUGCCUGAAUUAUAGCAACUUCGAUGAAUCCAAACCAAAGGCUCUUUUCAGGGCCACCCAUCUUUUCUGCAAAAGAGUUUGACAUUUGUUAAUAAUGUUGGGUGGCAGAAAAAUGCAAAACUUGGUAGGAAUUUUUAGCUUCAUAUAGUGGCAUCUAUGGAUUCCACGUCAAAAACCCAAUUUGGUCAAUUUAGCUCAUUUUUCAACUAAUGUUUUUCAGUGAAAUUGCUUCUUAUGUGGGAUUUUUCAACACUUAAUCUACUAAUACCUCAUAAAGGAAGAAAAGUCAAAAGAUAACAGUUCAGCAAUAAAACAAAUUUCUAGUUCCUCCUCAAGGCAUAUAGAAUCAAAUACAAUCUGAGUUCCGCAGGAAGGACCCCACCUAGGUGGAGGAUGGAAUGAUAAUUUUGCCCCUGAUGACUUGAAUCAACUAAAGCUUGGACUCUGUCAACCUUUGCCCCAAUUCUAUGCUGUUUUCUCCUCUGCUCCAGACCCUACAUGAAUAUGCAUAUUCCCUUCGCUUAGAAACCCCCAAUUUUGCUGUUCAUGAAGAAGGA